GCGCUAUGUAGAACGUUGUGACGUGAUGACGUCACGACGCGUGCGCGGCUCCAGCUGUACGUGCGCGCUCCUGUUUUGACCGAGAUGAUGCAAUAAAGGCAUUCAGCGACGCAAGUUCAACUCCUUCUUCACUUAGAACCUACAGGACAGCGCAAGAACAUUUCUACACAUGAAAUGGCCCUUGUAGGUGAUGACGUGAACCAGAGGUCUAUCCUUGAUAUCAAAAAUGCAACAGUGGAAAAGCUUAUAAAAUUUAAGUCUUUGUGCGGUCGGCAGGUGGACAGUGGUACAUUUUGGGACGUGGUGGUCGUAACGGCCAUGGAUGAGAGACAGAAAGAUGCCUAUGAAGAUCAGAUAAAAAAAAAAGUUGACCGCAGAGUACUCCCGCUUGGAAUUCCCUACAAAGUCUUCUCAGAUCCCCCUGGAUGUAAAAUAGGCAAUGGAGGCUCCACUCUGCACGCUCUGAAGAACCUUAGAGAUAUCUAUGGCAAAGCUCUUUGCAAGAUGAAAGUCCUCAUGAUCCAUGCAGGAGGGUUGAGUCAGCGCCUGCCCAGUGCCAGCGCCUUCGGGAAGAUCUUCACCACCUUGCCGCUGGGUGACCCACUCUACCAAAUGCUGGAGCUCAAACUGGUCAUAUAUGUGGAUUUCCCCUCUCACAUGAAGCCCGGCGUGCUGGUGACUUGCGCCGACGACAUUGAGCUCUACAGUAUCGCAAAUGACGAAAGGCUUGUGUUCGACAAACCCGGCUUCACUGCUUUAGCCCACCCCUCGCCGCUGUAUGUUGGCACUACCCACGGCGUGUUCGUCUUGGAGCCGCCUGAGGACUCAGCUUUUCGAGAAAUGGAAACGAAAAUCUGCUUGCGCUUUCUUCACAAACCGAGCAUUGACAAGAUGCGAGAAAGCAAUGCUGUUUGUAAGAAGAAAAGCGAUUGUUUUCCAAUAUGUGAGCCAGAGUUUGUCUACACAGACAGCACCUAUUACAUGGACUUUGAUACUUCUCAAUGUCUCCUUAAUGUGCUCAAAGAGCUAGGACCUUUAGAGUGUGAGAUUGACGCAUACAGCGAUUUUCUCCAAGCGUUAGGCCAGCAAGCCACGAUGGAACACACCUGCAACACAGCCAACGUCACCAAACCUGAUAGUAGCCUGGUGGAAGUCCGCCAAAAGAUUUUCCAUCUUCUCAGAGGGACUCCGUUGAACGUAAUUGUUCUCAACAAUUCAAAGUUUUAUCACAUCGGAACCACGUCCGAGUACCUCUCUCAUCUCACCGAUGUUGAUGGCCUGAGGAGUAUGCUGAACCUCCAGUCGUGGAAUUUGAGUGUGCUCUCUAAUAAAAACAUAAAUGAGGAUUCCUGUGUGUUAGCCAGCCUCCUCCUUUCCAGUUGCUCUGUGGGAGCUGGGUCCGUGGUGGAGUACUCCAGACUGGAAGAGGGGGUGUCUGUAGGCAAGGGCACACUGGUCAGCCGAUGCUGGGUCAGUCCAGGCUUGUCAGUGCCCGACGGAGUCUCUAUACAUACACUGUGUGUGACCCUGCAGAACAGAAGCGGCUUUGUAACAGUCGCUUUUGGAGUCGACGACAACCUAAAGUCCGGCGUAGAAGCUGCUGCAUCUAUGGAAGGACUGACCCUGUGCGGGGUGACUCUGGGCGCCUGCACAUCCAGCUGGGGGCUGGGAGACCAAGUCUUGAAGUUCUCCGGUGACACGUCCCGCUGUAGUUUGUGGAACGCCUGUUUGUUUCCAGUUUGCCCUGAUGCACAGAGCUCGUUCUCUGUGUCUCUCAAGAUGCUGCAGGCCGUCCUGGGCGGAUCUGCUUUGGAGUUACAAGACAGGAAGUUGAUAUCACUGCAAGAGGCCCUACAGUGUCAGAAUCUGCAGGAGAUGCAGAACUUCACAGAGAGACUUGUGUAUGACAUUGCACAGAGAAGGCUUCCCGCUAAGGAAUGAGGAGAGUGACGGUUUUUCUUCAGACUCAAAUUAGGAUUUUGGUAAGAUUACAUCCGUAACAACUGUUUUAUGAAUAUAUAUUUUUUAAAUCAACCUCUUAUCUUGUUUGUUCAGUUCUUCAACUGUUAACGUGCAACACAUUUUUUCACUGCAGAUGGAAGUUGGUCAACCCAAAAACAAUCAAAUGCAACUAUUCUUCUCUACUAUUUCAAUAUUCCAAGACUUUGUGACAAAUAAAUAGAUAAUAAAUUAUGAGAUAUUUUUUGUUGUUGUUUUGCUCGUUAAUGACUUUGUUCAGGAGAAAAAAAGAAUGGAUAGCCUGAUUGUCCUGACAAAGAGAAACACCUUGAUGGUGGAAUGGUUAAAAUCGAAUGACAAAUGUGAGAGAAGUAGUCGAAAGAAAAAAGGAUAAUAACAGUGGUGUUUAAAAAUGGAAAUUCCUGGAAAACCUAGAAAUUUUUUAAUCAGAAAACAUUGGUUUUAAUGUCCAGGCUGAGUGGAGUGUGUGGAUGGUUUGAAUCCGUUGAGAAAUGUGGGAAUCGUGGAAGUUUGAAAAAUGGCCCGUUCAUUUUCAAUGGGUAAAAUGUCCAGCAAAACCUGGAAUUCUCGGUAUUCUGGGAUAUUUGGGAACAUGAAAUGUUUGCCAGGGUGUCUUACUUUUGACCGAGCCGAACAUUUUGAUAUUCAAACUGUUUUGAUCGGAUGAAAAUAUGCACAAUAUUUAAUAGAAAUCAGACCUAUUUUGGGCUAGCAGAUACAAAAUAUUAAGGAUGUAAAUCUUCCCAGAACUCAAGAUUCAUUUUGAUUCCAAUUUUCAUGGUGAAAAUUCAAUUCAGAUACAAUUCUCGAUUCAAAUGGUUCUCGAUUCUAGUAAACCGGUUCUCGCAAUCUAUUAAUUUGUAUGUAAAUUAUAAUAAAACCUUUUCAAAACUGGUUAGAGCUUACAAAAGCUCCUCUUUUCUCCUGAUAUAUAUGCGCACUGAGUAAAAGCAAAGAUGGCCUCAAAACAACUUAAAAUGUUAGAGGUGCUCAAAAAUAUAAAUUCUCAUCCAAAUCGUGAUUCCAAUUAAUCCGAUUCUGAAUUGAUUCAUAAUUUUCAAGAAUCGAUUUGGUAUAAAUCAAGAAUUGUGUUUAAUUGAGAAUGAAUUCUGAAUCGAAUUGUUACCCCAAGAGUCGGGAACGACUCUUGAGUUGUAAGAUUCCCAUUCCUAAUGUGUGUCUGUAAAUGUCAUUUAUUUUCUCCUUUUUUGUCAUUUUUAUGUCAAAAUAUUUUGUUGUCUAAAUGUUUUUUUUUAAACAAAGUAAGUGUAAAAUCUUUGAUAAAUAAUGAUGAUAAAUAAACUGUGUAAUGCAAACAUCAAACAAUUUUUUUUUUUAUAUUAGAAAAUCAUGUGGAUUUUUUUUUAAUUUGUGGAACUUUAUGGUGGGACCUAAGCCC